GUUUCCCUCGUGACUUCCAUGCUUGAAGGGCCUCCUAUCCACUAUCCAGAACUCUCUCUCUCUCUCCAUUCUGGCACGUCGCGAUGGGCGUGGCGGUGGCGGCCGUGGGCUGGCCACGCUGCGCUACAUGCCGGGCCCUGCUGCCGCCGCCACUAGCAGCGUGGUCCGGCCGAGCACCGCCGCAGCCGCGGCCCCCGGUGCCGAGGCGGACUCCAACAGCGACACGAGUGGUGUGGCGGCGGUAAUGGGGAUCCGCAUCGCGCCGCCGGAGGAGCGAGCAUGCUUCCACCACCUCACGGGGUGGCUCUGCGACGACAGCGUCACCCUCGACUUCAUCUGUCAUAAAGGAGAUCAUCAGUUAUGCAAGUAUGAAGAUAACGUGCAUUUGUGAUAAUAUGCUGGUAGAUAUCUGUUUACUGAGAUGCAUACACAGCACUAUGAGUCAUGAAUGUUCAAUUUUGCUUGUGAUGUAGUUUUUGCAGUCAUGCAUUGCAUUUUUUAGGCGACUUAUGCUAUAUCAACUAGUAGUUUGGUAAAACUCAAACCUAGUAUUGAGAUUGAAUAUGCAUUGGUGCCUUUGACUGUGAGUACCACAUAGUAGAGAUUAGUCUACGUUAUCAUUCUAUGUAGAAUAGAUACCUGCCCCUACAACUGAAAAACUUUUUGAUUCAUUGCUCUCUAUUUAUGAUUCAUCAGUUCCCUCUUUACUUCAAUUUGUUGUCCAUCAUGCGUAAUCACCGUUCAUAUCAGCCCCUUGAAUACUGAAUUUUACCAUGGUUUUACCCUGGACGUGCAAUGAUCUGGUUUGGUCAUGUUCUAGGAGUAUCAUCAUCUCUAAGAUAGCUGAACUAUCAAAGCCAAAGUCACAGGAGAGGUCAAUUCUAUUUAUUGUACUUGCAGAAAUUGAAAAUACCUUUUUGGUUGCUUUGAUUUUGGUGAAGGGAACUCAAUUUCUCUAGCAUUUUCCUGGCUAUAAUUUUUUUUAGUUUGUAGUUAAAUGGUAGGUUGUAUUACUUCCACAACUAUAGCUUCGCUCUCUAGCUUUUUAUUUAUUUAUUAAGCAAUCUACAUAUCAUGCAUGAACAGUUUGUAUCCAUUUUAGUUGCGUGCUAACUAUAAUUUGUUCUAGGAGCUAAUUAGUACUUUUGAUUUUUAGCAUAGGUUUGACAAUUGCUGGCAGGAGCAAUUUCCAUUCCUGAAAUUAUGCCUUUAGGUUUGAGUUAUCAAUUUUUUUCUGAUGAUCUGCAAUCUUCUACUAAUUUUAGUUCCUGCUUGGUGCUUGGUGUUAGAGAGUAGGCUUAUACGAACCAAUGAUGCUGCCAAAUAUUCAGUUUUGCAAUAUGGGUUUUCAACAUGCCCGUGGCAUUUUAGUAGGCAAUAAUAUGUUUCUCAAUUAGAAAUAAAGGUGGCACCAGUUCUAUGUCAACAAUUUUGUACUUUUCAUCAGGCAAAAAUGUGGUUAGAAUCAGGCAAAACAAUGCAAUCCAACAGUCAUUACUUUUCAUCAGUAAAAAAUGUGCUUAGAACUAUGCUAAAAAUGCAAUUUAGUAAGUAUUUUUCUUUACUUUUUCAUCAGGCAAUAGCAUAGUUAUAUCGCAGCAAAACAAUGUAACUCAGUAGGCAAUUUUUCCAUCUUUCUUUUUUUCACUACAGGUUCUCUAAUCCAUCUUCAUUUUGUUACAGUGCAGGUCACCAAAUUAUUCAGCAGUGAGAGGGGAGACCCAGAUUAGGUUAUAUGGUAGUAGAUAUUAGGCACUUCAAUCCAUUAAGAAAGGGAAGGAAAUGCCAUGUGCAGCUUGUGUGGCAGUACAUAUUGCCUAGUUCAUGCAGUUUUGGCAAAGAGUAAUAACCAAUCCCAUGUAUAAGCCUCAGAUGUGUACAAUCUGAACUUCUUCUACAUAUCUGUUUAUGCAGUUUUUUAAGAAUAGCACCGGACUUGCAUCUGUCGGUCCUGCUGAAACCAAUUUGAGCUGUAGUUGAGGCAACAUUGGAUCUGCUUAGGAAAUCCUGAUUAAAAUUGUAGAUCGGGUUCUCAGAUUGUAGAAAAACUAGUGGAUUUGUGAUACAUAUGUACCAUAAUUAACUCUUCAGCACUUCUAUCAGUUUAUCCGUAUCAUCGGUGAAAACUGAGUUGUCAUCACCUUUUUCUAGCUGGGAAACUUUGUAUAUUUUAAGGGCAGUAAGCCAGUAAAGCCUGCGUGGUAGGACUCCUUGGAUAAC